AUGCCUGUCUCAUCCAACUUCCCACUAUCUUCCCCACGUGAAAAGCAGUCUUCGAUCGCGGCGAAGGAAUUAGACACCGCCGCAUUUAAAGUAUCUACUUGCCAAAUAAAUCCAUCAAUUGAGAAAUCUCUGCUUAAGAAGCUUGAUUUGCAUGUUGUUCUACCACUCAUGAUCUUCUAUAUCUUGUUUGAAUUUCCCUCCAAUAUAAUCCUUCGCCGCCUCCCACCAUCACUUUGGUUGACUAUUAUAAUGACACUUUGGGGAAUCAUAACAGUCUGUCAAGCUCUAGUGCGUAGCCAUAGUGCAUUGGUUGGUCUGCGGUUCCUCCUCGGACUCUUUGAGGCUGGUUUCUCUCCCGGCGCUGUCUACCUGAUUUCCAUGUACUACAAACGUUAUGAAUUGCAGUGGCGCCUUAGUCUUUUCUUUGCGGCCUCGAUUCUUUCUGGGGCCUUUGGAGGUCUCUUUGCUUAUGCUCUAGCUCAUAUGAACGGCAUUGGUGGUUAUAGUGGCUGGCGCUGGAUUUUCAUAAUCGAAGGGCUUCUCACCAUUGUUGUUGCUCUCUCCUUCAAAUUCCUGGGUAUUCUAGUCGAUUGGCCCGAAACUGCAUCUUUCCUCACAUCAUCGGAACGGGAAAUGUUAGUCCAACGAUUAAAAGAUGACAUGGGAGAAGAUACCCAGCUUAACACGUUGAAUAAAGAAUCUUUGAAGAGGAUAUUAAGUGAUUGGAAAAUCUACGUAGGAAUCUUUAUGUAUAUGGGAGUUGUAAAUACUGGUUAUGCCACUAGUUUUUUCAUUCCGACAAUCAUUCAGGAAAUGGGAUAUACAGCGAUUGGUAGUCAGGUCAGAACUAUACCUAUAUAUUGUGUGGCUACAACGACGUGUCUUGUAAUAGCAUACUUGACCGAUCGUCUUCAGCAUCGCUUCUCCUUCACGAUCGCUGGAGUCGCGGUUGGUAUCAUUGGCUACGUGAUCCUUCUUUGCCAGUCGCACGUCUCGACCGGUGUGAAAUACAUGGCUUGUUUCUUCAUAACUACGGGCGGAUAUAUGACGCAGCCAGUCACUUGGGCAUGGGUUGCUAACAAUAUGGCAGGCCACUACAAACGCUCCAUUUCCACCGCCCUUCAAAUAGGCGUGGGUAAUAUCGGUGGCAUCGUCGCGUCCAACAUCUUCAUCACAAAUCAAGCGCCAAAAUAUCCUGUGGGAUAUGGAGUCUCUCUGGGAUUGUUGGUCAUGUGUGGAAUCAUGUGUACGGUUUUCUUCUUCGGAUUGAAGAGAGAAAAUGGGAUUAGAGAUAGGGGAGGGAGAGAUUAUAGGUUUGGGGAAGAUGAGGAGAGGCGGAGGUGGAAUAGAGAAGAGGGAAAGGAAGAAGAGGGGAAUUGGGGGGAUGAUUGGCCGGGGUUUAGGUUUGUUCUGUAG